AACACUUGUGCGAGUGACACUCAACAUAACAUCAGCAUCUUCUCUAUCCUUCUGCUACUGGAGAGUUCAGUCCGGUCAUGUCAGUGUGAGUGACACUCACACGAUAACCCUGGCCUUCUCCUAGGAACGACAUACAUACUGUCAUAUACAUAUACAUACAUACAUACAUACCUACAUUUAUAUAUAUAUAUAUAUAUUAUAUAUAUAUAUUAUAUAUAUAUAUGAAUGAUCUUACGCAGAGAUCACACAAAUAUAUCUAGAUUGAUACAGCUUCACAGCACAUGAGUGAGUGCUACACAAUGAUUUCUCCAUCAGCCAGGUAAUGGCAGCAUACAGUUAGCAAACUCUCAAAGGAUCAGACUGUUUCUCUAGUAGUGUCAAAGACAAGGACUAUACAACUCAUGGUGGGGCGGCAGGACAGUGUUGAUUCUACUGAGAGUUUCUUCACUCGUCAUCACAACAGCUGGCAAACAAUGAUGCAUCAACAUAUAGCACUAUCGUUACCUAUGCGGUUUUAUAUUUAUGCCAUCCAUGGCUAUUUCAUUGAAGUGAUGUUCACAGCAGCCUGGGAGUUUGUUGUUAACAUGAAUGUCAAGUUUCCUGGAAACACAAGUGUCUGGUCUCUGUUGAUUUAUGGGGUUGCAAUCCUUGUUGUUGAACAGAUUCAUUAUCGCUUACAGGACACAGUACCAUUGCUGUGUCGAGGACUUAUUUACAUGUUGUGGACUUACCUAUGGGAAUUCAGCACCGGUUAUAUAUUAACACGUUUUGACGCCUGCCCUUGGGACUAUGAUAAUUUUGACUGGGAUAUUAUGGGUCUAGUGACACUUGAGUAUGCACCUUUAUGGUUCUUUGGUGGUAUCCUUACAGAGAAAAUCCUAAUAUUCUAUACUCGUCAUCUAUACUGGGGACCUUACAUGGAUUCAACACGCUACCAAGGGAUGAAUGAUAUCUUUGUUAGACCAUCUGCCAAGAAUCAGUUGUCUGCUCUAUCUGAGGGGACUUUCUGUCUGGAGGUUAUGGAUAAUCUCCUGAAAUCGUGGCCUGGUAGUUUUGCCAUGAAAGAGGGGCAUUGCUGGCUCAUGAUAAACUCUAUAGACAUGGAAUUAUUUUCAGCUAGGCCUCUCUUCGAUGCUUGCAGAGUGAAGAAGCUAUUCUACUCACACUCAUUCAGUAUCCAAGCAUUGUUGACUUGUCAAACAGCUGUUGACACAGGUAAGACUAGUCUGUCUAUCAGUGGAAUCCAUUGUGAUGGGUUCUUUAUUACAUUCCUUUGUCUAAGAAGUUCAUCAUGAUAAUCAUUUUACAACCUUCUUUUAUCUAAGAAAGGCAGGUGGUUUUCUCUGUCUUGUAGCUCUGGCAAAAGAGAUUGUGUGGUGCAUGCAACUUCAAGGACUGAAGAUAGAUAUUUAUUUCUUCAGUCAAGCCCUCAUUGUCUUUAUCAAGUUCCACUUUGUUAAAAGGGGUGUGAAAAUGGUGGACAUGACCCAAAUAAAUGGAUCAAUUGUCAGGUUGCACCGGCAGGCCUAAGACUGCAACUGCAGAGAGUGCUUAGACUUCAUGGUUAAGGUAAUCUUAGAUCUGUGGGGAUUCUGUAUUUAGCCUUUAGGGGUAUACUGUGUAUACUGUAGCUUUCCAUUUAAUUUCAGUGUAAACCUCAAGUGUUUCUGUAACCUAUUCUUAUAUAAUGUCUCACCAUUCAUUGUUUUAGUGGCAAUAAUAAAAAAUUGCUAUUAUUAAGGUGGUGAGCUAGCAGAAUCAUUAGCAUGUCGUGCAAAAUGUUUAGUGACGUUUUGUUCGUUUUUGUUUCAAAUCCAAAUUCCAUAAAGGUCGACUUUGCCUUUCAUCCUUUCGGGGUAGAUAAAAUAAGUACCAGUUGAACAUUGGGGUCAAUCUAAUCGACUUAUCCCCUCCUGCAAAAUUGUUGGCCUUGUGCCAAAAUUUGAAACC